AUGUCCGGCGCCCUCCUCCCACUCCGUGCCCGGCACUGCCUCGUCACCGGUGCUUACGGAGGCAUCGGCGCCGCCAUCGCCUCCCGCUUCGCAGCCGAGGGCGCCCUGGUCACUCUCCUCGGCCGCAAGGAAGACAAGCUACGCGACCUCUGCGCCCAGCUCCCGCCCUUCCGGGACGACCGCCUCUCCCCUCUGGCAGCCGCCGUCUCGUCGUCUCCGUCCGAGACGAAACCCUCCCAUUCCUACGCCGUCAUGGAUAUCUCCGCAGACGGUCGUGAUGAGGCUGUCCUUGAUGACAUUUGGAAACGAACAGGCCAGAUAGACGUCCUUGUCAACGCCGCGGGUAUUGCGCAAUUCCAGCUGUUGCAAAACACCUCCCCACAGGCCGCAAGGGAGCUCGUCGACACCAACCUCAUGGGCACAAUCUUCAUGUCCAGGUACAUGGCCCAACGCAUGAAGCGCAGACGCGCAGACAGGGAUGCAUGCAUUAUCAAUGUUGCUAGCUUGCUGGCCGAAAAAGGUAGCCCCGGCACAAGUGUCUACGCCGCAUCAAAGGCCGGUAUUAUUGGCCUCACCCACGCCCUCUCCGUCGAGCUAGGACCACUGCGCAUCAGGACCAAUGCUAUCGUCCCUGGCUACAUCGAAACCAACAUGAUUGCCGCAAUGUCGAGGGAACCCCUCGAGAAGAGGAUACCACUGGGCCGCUUGGGGCGGCCUGAAGAGGUCGCUGAUGCCGCUGUCUUUCUUGCGCAAAAUACUUACGCCAACAACUGCAUCCUCAACUUGGAUGGCGGGCUCAGCGCUGUCUAA